AUGGUAGUCGUCAAACUUAAGCGAUCAGUUGACGAGAUCCUCCUCGACAAAUUCGCGGACAGCCCUCUCGGUGGCACAAAUCUAGUCCAGUUCUUCCAAUUUUACCCCGCGAUAAGAUUCUUCCCUUCUCAUAAAGAAGUAGAGCGUCUAGCUCGCCUCUAUGUGAAGGGUAUAUUCACGUCUUUCGAAGACGUGCGCUAUAUUGUUGAGCGACACGAGCAUACGAUCCGCAAGAGAUGGAGCAAGAAGAGUACUGCAAAGAAGAAAAAGCUGCUUCUUACGGCAAGGCCAGAUAUGGCAAGCGGCCAUCGCCCGGACAUUGAGACCGAUCUUGCUGAACCGGCAAGAUACAAAGAUGACCAAAGGAUUCUCACUCCUCAAGUAUGUAGGGCGCGGAACAGUGCAGCCUGCUUGGUGCCCUUUCUUAACCUAGAGGACCUUCUACAGCCCGGGACCCUUCUUACGUUCCUCAACUCGCGCGGUCGCGCCACAAUCGAAUCCUUCAGUCAAACAGAACUACUCAAUUGCCCAAUCGCCCGGUGGCCCGACUCCUGCCUCUGUCAGUAUCUUCCGGACUACACAAUGGUCUUCGUUGGAAGGAAUACGCGAAACAACUACGGUCAACUGAAGCACUGGACAGACCAGGGAGAUGCUCGAUUGGCGAUCUACAGCGGGCGAGGAGUGCAUCCAGGACAUGGACUCCAGAUACUUCGCAUACAGGAGAUCAUCUAUACAUUCUUGCAGCGAUGCUGUCACCUCUUAGUCGGCGAUAUCCUGGCCGACGAGAAAGAUCAACCUGAACGACAUCCCAUUACUCCACCGAUAACCUGCCUAGAUGACAAGUCUACUAACUAUAUCAAUCGGGUAGAGGUCUCUCUGAUGGCUCCGUACGGCAAUCACCGACAGCUGGAUUUCGACCGCCUGCGUAGCUUGGUCAGCUCCAAGGUUUGCGAACUGGAGGAUCAUGUCUGGGCGCUUCGAGAAGACCCAGGUUACUUCACAGAGAUUUCCAAUGACUACAAGGCACAUCGAUCCGAGUAUGUUCAAUCUACGGACAGCAACGCGGCUGCAAUACUGAAACAGCCACCCCACGUGAUGACCGGCGCUAUCCUUCGCGAGCUCGUCCUUGGGGCCUACCUACCUCUCUUCUACUGGCAAGAGUGCUUGCGUCUUGUGACAGCGUUGCGGUCCACGGCCAUCGAGGAGAACUUCAACUUUCCUCACGACCAAGAUCUUCCUGAAGGAUAUCACGUGAACUUUCUGCUCUUGUGGACAAUGCUUCAUGUGCUGCACACAGAUAAGCACGAAACCUUCCGGCACACCCUCCUUGGAUGUCCGAAUAUGAGACCCUACUUUGUCAAGGCCUAUACUGAUCAGGGCAGUGUCAGAUAUCAUUGCGAGAUUGAUGCUGCACGAGCCAAUGGCGACUCGACAAUACUUCGCUUCCUCGAAGUCUUACUCAGAAUCUGGGAACCGUUUUCACCCCCCACCGUUGGCUUUAUCGCCGAGCUGGAUGACCUAGAAAGGAUGGCCACUAAAGUACCGGAUGUCAAAGGGCUGGUGUCGUCUUUGGCAUGGUCAGAGUUUUCUCAGCUGUCCAUCUCCUCGGAGUGCAUCCAGCAGAUUCGAUCGUAUCAACCUUGGGCAACGAAAAUCCAGAAUGAUGUGGAACAGCUUAGACCACUGCUGAUGUCGUGGUUCAGACGUCUUGGACUCAAGUGGGAGCCUAUAGCACAUCUGCGACGUUUCGAGGAUGUCGCCUUAGCGCUCAAGGCAGAUCCUUCAGACGGCAAGUUCUAUUAUCCAUCUACCGAGAAACAGACCAAGAAGACGACGGAGGCGAUGCGCCUUGCAGAGAAAAACCUAGACGCCUUUUGGUUGGCUGCAGACACUUUCUGUGAGAAUUUGACUGGAACGAGCUUACCUGAUCUGCUGUUGCGGCAUAGAGAUGCUGGACGCGCUGUUCGCCGCACUGCACCCUGGACCGAAGCCCUUCCACAGCGCCAUGAAGAGAGAGUUGACGAAAACAUCAGCAACCCGGUCACUACCAGUGGUGAGCACAACAAAUCCCAGGCCUUGAUCAGGGAGAAGAUCAAGACUCGUGGCACCGACGUGUCAGCCAGUCUUACUGGUACUGAUCAGCGUCUGGCCAACGAGAUCGUAAAGUCUCCAACGCCGAAAUUGAACGUCGACAAGCGAUCUUAUCUCCUGUUCAAGACCUUAUUUUUCUCCCCUUCAGCGCGAGAUGUACCAGGUGAAGUAUCUUGGAAGGACUUCGUUCACGCUAUGGUGCAGCGCGGCUUCGAAGCAGAGAAGCUCCACGGGUCUGCUUGGAGAUUCACACCAGCCUUGGACACAGAGCGUGCGAUCCAAUUCCAUGCUCCACACGGCGCGCUCAGCAAACUUCCUCUCACGUGGGCGAGGCGGUAUGGCAGAAGGCUGGAGAGAGAGUAUGGGUGGACGGGUGAGAUGUUUACUCUUGCCUAG